CAGUUAGUUAGAUAUGUAGUUAAACUGAUCUAUAUAGAAAUAUAACAAACGUUUUAUCUAAAUACAGUGACAGGAAGGUGUGUACUGGUUAAAAAAAACAACCCAACUUGACUUUUGUUCUACAGAACUGUAUUUGAGAGAAAACUAAACCUGAGUAAAACUGAAUUUGAAGUUUUUAUAUUCUGGAAGAGUGAUUGGAAUUCUCAUAGACAUGGAUGAAACUAAACGCCCCUUGUUGAUUCCACCAGAGUUUGCGUAUUACGCUGAAGAACAUGGUGUAUUUGAUAUGUAUCAACGAUUGUUAGAACAGCUACUUGUUCACAAACCUGAUGAACCAAUCAGCUUCCUGAUAGAUUUACUAAAACGUGAUAAUGAUGAUGUCCCCAAGAUAAUAAUUCUAGGUCCCCCGGCAGCUGGGAAGAGAUCCAUCGGGAAGAUGAUUUGUAAUAAAACAAGAGCAGCUCAUAUCACCAUGGAGAAUCUAAUAUCAGAAGCUGAUAUCAGCCAUCGUGAAGAAGCAUUGAAUUAUAUCAAUAAGAAAAAGGCCGUACCAACAGAAUUAUGGAUGAAGAUUAUAGAAGAAAGAAUGGUACUAUUUGAUUGUGUUAAGAAAGGCUGGGUGAUGGAAGGAUUUCCACAGACGCGUGAACAGGCUCUGGGUCUACAGGAACGAGGAUUUUAUCCUAAACAUUGUGUUAUCCUAGAAGCUCCUGAUACUGUUCUAAUAGAGAGAGCUUCUGGUAAGAGAGUUGAUCCUACAACUGGUGAUAUUUAUCAUACAACCUUCAACUGGCCUAGUAACCAAGAAAUACAAGAUCGUCUGGUGGUUGCCGAGGGUUACACAGAAGAAGAAAUGGUCCAGAAAUUGAUUUUAUAUCAUCGUUAUAUUGAGAGUCUUAAACAUUGUUUUGGAGCCGUUCUUCAAACUGUCAACGCUGAUCAGCCGAAAGCAGAUGUCUUCGCUCAAGUUCUCACGUUUAUUUGUUCACAAGCUCGUUCCCCCACCCCCCAUACCCCCAGGAUAGUGUUACUGGGCCCAUCUGGUAGUGGUAAGGCGGUACAAGCAGCUCUCUUGGCUUCUAAAUAUAAUUUAGUUAACAUUUCAUGUGGACAUUUGAUAAAACAAGCCAUAGCUGACGAAACUAAAUCAGGAAAAGCUGCCAAAAAUUACGUUCGGAAGGGAAAUAUGGUACCUGAUACAAUUGUUUUAAGUAUUGUUAAAGAUAGAUUAGGUCAGUUAGAUUGUGUUACACGAGGCUGGGUUCUCCAUGGUUACCCAUUAUCUAGAGAACAAGGGGAACAACUGGAAAAACAAGGCUUUGUUCCUAAUAGAAUAUUCUUUCUGGACGUUCCAAAUGAUUCUGUUAUUGAACGUCUAACACAACGUUAUACUGAUCCUAUAACAGGAGAACGUUAUCAUCUAUUGUAUAACCCUCCCCGAACACAAGAUAUUAAAGAUAGACUAGAACGUCAUGAGAAAGAUGAAGAAGAACAUGUUAAAAAACGUUUAGCUCAGUAUCAUGCUUACUAUGAAGAAUUAACUGAUUAUUAUGAAGCUAGUCAACAUAUUAAUGCUGACCAAGAUCCUCAUACAGUGUUUGAAACUAUUGAAAGUAUGAUAGUUAAUCAACUACCAAAGAGAAUUUAACUUCCAUUUAUUAUAAUUAUAAUAUUGUAUAUAGAACAUAUAAAAUAUAGUUAUAAAUUCUUCUAUUUCUUA